AUGGAAAGGUCCCAGGGGACUAACGUCCAGGUGUUGAAGGGGCAGGGGAAGGAUCGAGGGGGGAGAGGGCCAGCCGCGGAGGCCGCUAAGGCGGCGGGGCGGGCCGCGUUGCCACGGCAACUACCGCGUCCCGCUCCUGCGAAUAAAGCCGGCGGCCAGGAGGGAGUUUUCUUUGGCAUUACAGGUGCCAGUGAAAGCGUGGGAAAGCACAUGCUUGAAGCAUGCAACAACAAUCUGGAGAUGGCUGUCACCAUGUUUCUGGAUGGUGGAGGCAUAGCAGAGGAGCCUAGCACCAGUUCUGCAGGGGUGUCUACUGUUCGACCACACAAUGAGGAUGAAGUACGAGCUCCAAUUCCUCAAAAACAGGAAAUUUUAGUAGAGCCAGAGCCCUUGUUUGGAGCUCCUAAAAGACGCAGACCUGCGCGCUCAAUAUUUGACGGUUUUCGGGAUUUUCAAACAGAAACCAUUCGACAGGAGCAGGAGCUACGAAAUGGAGGGGCAGUAGAUAAGAAACUCACUACUCUAGCAGACCUCUUCAGGCCUCCCAUUGAUCUGAUGCACAAAGGGAGCUUUGAAACGGCCAAGGAGUGUGGUCAGAUGCAGAACAAAUGGCUCAUGAUAAACAUUCAGAAUGUGCAGGAUUUCGCCUGUCAGUGUCUCAACCGCGAUGUCUGGAGCAACGAGGCUGUGAAGAACAUAAUCCGGGAACAUUUCAUUUUUUGGCAGGUAUACCAUGACAGCGAGGAAGGACAGAGGUACAUCCAGUUUUAUAAAUUAGCAGACUUCCCUUAUGUCUCCAUCCUGGAUCCCAGAACAGGCCAGAAACUGGUGGAGUGGCACCAGCUAGAUGUGACUUCUUUCUUGGACCAAGUGACUGGGUUCCUGAGUGAGCACGGACAGCUGGAUGGCCAUUCUACUAGCCCUCCCCAAAAAUGCUCUCGUUCAGAGAGUCUCAUUGAUGCCAGUGAGGACAGCCAGUUGGAAGCUGCUAUCAGAGCCUCAUUACAGGAGACACAUUUUGAUUCCUCGCAGGCCAAGCAGGAGAGUCGAUCAGAUGAGGAGUCGGAGUCAGAGCUUUUUUCUGGAAGCGAAGAGUUUAUUUCAGUUUGUGGAUCUGAGGAGGAGGAGGAAUCGGAGAAUCCUGCCAAGCUGAGGAAGUCUCCGCACAAGGACUUGGGGUAUAAAAAAGAGGAGAGCCGGAGGCCUCAGCCUGAGCCCCCUGCAAGGACUGAGUCUGGGACAACAUCAAAUCAUAGAGUGCUGCCUUGCAUUGAUGCAGGGAUGUUGGAGGAGUCAACUGAUAAUCCUGAAAGUACAUUUCAGGGACUAGAUGUGAAUGGACCAAAGGCACAGCUGAUGCUAAGGUAUCCAGAUGGAAAGAGGGAACAAGUCUCACUGCCCGAACAAGCUAAACUUCUGGCUCUUGUGAGACAUGUCCAGGCAAAAGGAUACCCCAAUGAACGCUUUGAACUUCUCACCAACUUCCCUCGAAGGAGACUCUCCCACAUGGACUAUGAGAUCACGUUACAGGAGGCAGGCCUGUGUCCUCAAGAGACUGUCUUUGUGCAGGAAAGGAAUUAGCACCGUGGCCUGAGUUCUCCCAGCCUUCCUCCCCUCUCCUCUUUGCCUGGGACACCAACUCGUUAAAUAUGCAGUUGAGAGUCAUAGGAUUGCAGUGCUGAAAUCAGGCAGGCAGCUGACUGGUCCUUCUCUCUCUUCUUCCCUUCUCCUGCUAUAGUGACCAAAUGAGAGUGUUCAGAGUUGUGUUUUCUUCCUCAGCCUGGACCCUGCGGAGAGCAUUGGGAAGAACAUCUCUCCUUUGUUUUCAUGGAAAAAAGUAAAACGGUGAUCUGUGUAUCUAGUAUGCUGGGGCUUGGAGUGGCCAUAAUACACAUACUCUUCUCGCUGCUGUUCUUAAAUCUGUUUCAUUUAAUUUAUUUUUUAAAAUAGUGUGUGAUAAGGCACUGAGUCAUCUCUCUGUAAGGGGAGGGUGUAAUCUUCAGUACAGUCUUCCGUUUGUUUUGAUUCCCUACAUGAAAGGUCUCCAUUAACCUUACAGCCUUCUCAAGGGUUCAGUUAUCUAGUGCUCUGUGAAAUCUUGGGGUGUGGGAAGGAGUUGGGUUGCGGUGUGGUGA